CCGGCGCAGUCGCCUGCCGCCACCAUCACUGCUGCCGCCGCUUGCUGGCGAGCCCCACCGGCCGGCGUCACCGCUCUGCGCGCUCCCUGCACCUCCCCGGCUGCAGCAGCCCGAGAAAGCGAAAGCGAGGCAGCCCCGGCACCCGGGAUCGCGCAGGCUCCGUGCUCCGAGGGCGGUGCUCGCCCGGUGUCUACUCCAGGGUUGUGCGCACCGCGCGGGCGGCGGCUGAACCUGCACCGGGAGGGCACGGGAGCCGCAGGGCCCCGGGGCUUUGGGCGGCUGCUGCGCAGCCUCGGCGGAGGCUCUUUCCAGCUCGCUUUUCGGUCCCCUGCCUGGCCCGUGAGCCGCGCGCAGUAUGGGCAGAUGCUGCUUCUACACGGCGGGGACACUGUCUCUGCUGCUGCUGGUGACCAGUGUCACUCUGCUAGUGGCUCGAGUCUUUCAGAAGGCGGUAGACCAGACGAUCCAGAAGAACAUGGUAUUACAAAAUGGUACCAAAGUCUUUGAUUCCUGGGAGAAGCCCCCUCUACCUGUGUACAUGCAGUUCUAUUUCUUCAAUGUCACCAAUCCUGAGGAGAUCCUCCAAGGAGAAAUCCCCCGACUAGAAGAAGUGGGGCCGUAUACCUACAGGGAGCACAGGAACAAGGCAAACAUUCAGUUUGGAGAAAAUGGAACAACCAUAUCUGCUGUCACCAAUAAGGCAUAUGUUUUUGAACGAAACCAAUCUGUUGGAGACCCUAAGGUUGAUUUGAUUAGAACAAUAAAUAUUCCUCUGCUGACUGUGGUGGAGCUUGCGCAGCUGCCCCUCCUCAGGGAGAUCAUCGAGGCCAUGCUGAAAGCCUACCAGCAGAAGUUGUUUGUCACUCACACUGCACACGAACUGCUCUGGGGCUACAAAGACGAGAUCUUGUCCCUCGUCCAUAUUUUCAAACCUGACGUCUCCCCUAACUUCGGCCUGUUCCUUGAGAGAAAUGGAACUAAUGAUGGGGAGUAUGUUUUUCUGACUGGAGAAGACAAUUACCUUAACUUUUCAAAAAUUGUGGAGUGGAAUGGAAAAACAUCGCUGGACUGGUGGACCACAGACACGUGCAAUAUGAUUAACGGGACAGAUGGCGAUUCUUAUCACCCACUGAUAAGCAAGGAUGAGGUCCUGUACAUCUUUUCAUCUGACUUAUGCAGGUCGGUACAUAUAACUUUCAGUGGCUUUGAGAAUGUAGAAGGACUGCCUGCUUUUCGGUAUACUGUGCCUGCAGAAAUACUAGCCAACACCUCCGAAAAUGCUGGCUUCUGUAUACCCGAGGGAAACUGCAUGGACUCGGGAGUGUUGAAUAUCAGCAUCUGCAAGAAUGGCGUGCCCAUUAUUAUGUCUUUCCCACACUUUUACCAAGCCGACGAGAAGUUCGUUUCUGCCAUAAAAGGCAUGCGUCCAAACAAGGAAGAACAUGAGACAUUUGUGGACAUUAAUCCUUUGACUGGAAUUAUUUUAAGAGGGGCCAAGAGAUUCCAGAUCAACACUUACGUUAAGAAACUGGAUGACUUUGUUGAAACUGGAGACAUUAGGACUAUGGUUUUCCCAGUGAUGUAUCUCAAUGAGAAUGUUCUCAUUGACAAAGAGACCGCAAGUCAACUGAAGUCUGUGAUUAACACAUCUUUGAUUGUCACCAAUAUACCCUACAUCAUCAUGGCACUGGGCGUAUUCUUUGGCUUGGUUUUUACAUGGUUGGCGUGUCGAGGACAGGGGUCUAUGGAUGAGGGAACUGAAGAUGAAAGAGCACCCCUCAUACGAACCUAAUGGGACUUACCUGUUGCCUGAGCUUGGUGAGAGAAUGUGAGAACUGCCCUGCCCUGGACCAGGACAGGGGAAAGCCUGCAUCCUCACGGGCUCCUGGCCUGUCAAGAAGGAAGUGAAGCCACAGCACUGGCAAUCAAGAAGACCCUCUCGGACAGAGGGAAAUGAACAGGGUGACAUGGCUGGCAAUUCUGCUUUAUAAAAUCAUGUCUCUAAAACUGUGUUCAUGUGUCUCGGAAAUAUUUAAUAAUCUUGUGUAGAAACCUUUUGUGGUUGGGCUCUGGGAGCUGAUGGGAUUUUGUGAUCCCUGUUGUAGAUACAAUGUCUGAGUCACUUGUUAAUGUUACUUGGCCUGACCUGAUUCAGUAUACUUCAUUCUCCAAACUUUGUAUUUAAAAUAUGUAUGUGUCUCUGUUGUUCUCCAUCCACCUCCUUACACAAAAAGAUGUGGUACCCAGGGUAGAAUGAUAGCUUCAUACAAUGUGCCAUGCAAAUGGGUCUGAUAUCCUUCUCUAAAACAUUAGGUUUUGCAUCUUGCUCUAAUUUUCAGGAAAAUAAGUCAAGUCUUUUGACUGUUUUAUAGUGUAUAGGAAUCAAGUGGGGGAGGGGGUGGGGGGUGGUGUGGUGUCUGUAAGUAGAUAGCAUUGAGCUCCUGAGGGUUUUUAGUUGUGCUUUUGUGAAGCAAGAGGUUGCACUGGGAACGUUGGUGAGGGUAAGACAGAUAUUUCAUUUAGAAUAGAAUUCAGUGUUAGUUACGACAUCUUAGGCUAACGUCACUUUUAGUCAAAGAUGUUUGGAUAUGGAAUGUGCUGCUGAGAGAACAGAAUCAAUGACUCAAUGACUUUUACCCUGUAGGCAUUGUUACCACAUAGGACAGUGACACAGAAUCACAGUGGCUACAACUAUUGAGGAGAUAUUUGUAAAACAAUGGAAGUCCGUCUGCCUGUAGCUUAUGUUACAGACAGAUCCAGGAAGUCUGCACAGGUUAGAGAGGCAUUUCUUCUGAGUCCAGCCGGUGUUUUGCGGCUCCCUGUCACUAAGUGCCCUCUGCUUCCUGUGACAAUCAUUUUUCUGACAGAGCCACAAGUGUUAGACUGCUAGACAGAAGGCACUUCAGAUAAGAAGUUGUGAGAAGCUGCCACGCUGGUUCUCUUUGGAAGGCACUGGCUUCCAGUGUAGGACUAAGGACAUCAGCAGUGUCACAGCGGUCGGAUCUCAGCUAUCCUGGAGGGCAGUGUCCAUGAUUCUCAGAGUCCAUGGUUUUGUUUUGGUUUUGGUUUUUUUUUGUUUUUUUGGUUUUUUUUUGUUUGUUUUUUUGUUUUUUUGUUUUUUUGGUUUUGCUUGUUUGGUUUGGUUUUGUUUGGUUUGGUUUUGUGGUUUGGUUUUUGAGACAGGGUUUCUCUGUGUAGACCUGGCUGUCCUGGAACUCGCUCUGUAGACCAGGCUGGCCUUGAACACACAGAGAUCUGCCUGCUGAGUGCUGGGAUUAAAGGCUUACACCAUUGAUUUUUUUUUUUUAAGGAACCCUAUACAUUAUCUGGUUAGCUGCUUAUAGAAUUCCUGAAAAAUCGAAUUUCAAUGUAUUUAAAUUUUUUAAAAACUGACAUACAUAUUGGAAUAUUGCCUUAAUAUACAGGCCCAAAUUUUCCUCUCUUGAUACAAAAGCAAUAAACUAUGUUUUUUUUUUUUUUAAUUUUGGUAUUUUUUGAAACAGGGUCUGUGUAGUCCUGGCUAUUCUGGAACUCACUAUGUAAACUAGGCUGGCCUUGAACUCAGAUCUGACUGCUUCUGUGUCCUGAGUGCUAGGAAUCGUGAGCCACUAUGCUUGGCUGAUGUUUCCCUUCUAGAAGAGACAAUUUGUUAAGUUUUCACCUUUCCUACUAAUCGAAGUAGAAAUAAUAGAUACCCCAAAUCACCAAACUGUGAAACUAAAUUGAAAAUAUCUGACCUUUAGUAAUGACAAAUAUUUUUAGACUUCAUCAAUAUUUAAAUAGGUAGUUGGCAUAUCUUAGUCUUCAUUCUCACUCUGCAGCUCAGGCUGGUUUGGAACUCACUGUGUAGCAUAGGCUGACCUUGAAUUUAUGGUGAGCCUAUCUCAGCCUCCCAAGUACUGAGAUUAGAAGCACGAACUACACACAUCUGUCUUGAUGCAACUACUUAUCCACACUAAUAGAUUGAUAAGCUAGUGCAUACUAAUUGGUUCGUUCCUAUUUUCAGGAUAUAAUCAUCUCUGAGGAGAUUUUUUUAAACACAGAAAUUAUAGUGGUUGAUGUACAUAGUAGACUGACUCACACAUAGAAAAGGAGACCAAAACCAGAUUAAUCCUUUAUUAAUGCCAUGGUUGUGAACAGCAGCGGUUCAUUUGGUGUUUUCUUUCUAAAAGGUCCAUGACAAACCCACAAGGCACAGUGGGAAUUAUAGGUUGAUCAACAACAAAUAUAUCCAUUCGGUGUGGGGCUGAAAAUAGCAAGCUGUUCUCUGUGUUCAUUCUUUGGAGGGCAUUAUCCUGGACAGGCCCCAAAGGCUGUGGUCAUCAGCAUUCUCAUGCCAGAGAGUGGCAGGAAACUGGGAGAGCACAGGGUGGCGGAUGGGCAUCUCCACAUAGGCUCUAGGCUCUGCCCAGUAGGCUUUACUUCCCUGUGUUCUACAAAGAUCACUAAUAGUCAGUCACAUGGGACAAGCACUACACAACUAACCCCUAUUGGGGUCUUUGCUUAAGGGGGAUAAUUUUUAACUUGUUGUUUGCAGUGUGAAUUCUUCAAGCAUUGUUACUGGUAUAAAUCGCUUGUGCCUGACUUUAAAAAGAUUGACCAGAAUGUUCUUCAUGUAGCUUACAGAGUUGGGUCAUUUGUUGUUCUUCUUGACCUGGCUUUAUUUCUACC